AGCCCUCCCCAGCUCUGGGAUUUUUUUCCGGCUCAGUCGGUGCCUCCCUCCUUCCUGAUUGGCUCUGGAGCGAGGCCAGGAGCCUGCGCCCUGCUUCUCCAGGAGACACUUCGCGACCACGGCCCUUUCUCCUCUACUCGCAAAGAUGACGCUGGCCAUCUUGGCCCUGCGACUGGUGGUCUGCAUCCUGUCGUCCCCCCUGUUUCUGCUGAACCUUAUAGGCGUGUGGAGCUGGGUAUGCAAAAGGUGCUUUCCCUACUUCCUGAAGCGGUUCACGGUGAUGUACAACGAGCAGAUGGCGACCCGAAAGCGGGAGCUCUUCAGCAACCUGCAGGAGUUCGCGGGCCCCUCGGGGAAGCUGUCGCUGCUGGAGGUGGGCUGCGGCACCGGCGCCAACUUCAAGUUCUAUCCCCCCGGGUGCAGGGUCACUUGCAUCGAUCCCAACCCCAACUUCGAGAAGUUCUUGUUCAAGAGCGUCGCAGAGAACCGGCACCUGCAGUUCGAGCGCUUCUUGGUGGCCGCUGGGGAGGACAUGCACCAGGUGGCCGAUGGCUCUGUGGACGUGGUGGUCUGCACCCUGGUGCUGUGCUCGGUGAAGAACCAAGAGAAGAUCCUGCGCGAGGUGUGCCGAGUGCUGAGGCCGGGAGGGGCCUUUUACUUCAUGGAGCACGUAGCGGAUGAACGGUCCACCUGGAAUUACUUCUGGCAGCAGGUCCUGGAUCCUGUCUGGUUCCUGGUUUUCGAUGGAUGCAAUCUUACAAGAGAGAGCUGGAAGACCCUCGAGCAGGCCAGCUUCUCCAAGCUGAAGCUGCAGCACAUCCAGGCACCACUCUCCUGGGCUUUGGUGCGGCCCCACAUCUAUGGCUAUGCUGUGAAAUAGCGCGUGCGAGGUGGCGGGAGAGAGCCGCUCUGCUCCACCGGUUCGAGGCUUCCGUUUUAGAUGUAAGACUGGGAGAGGUGAAAAUCAGGUUCAUCCCUACAGGUUUCGGUUUAGCCCUUUUCUAUACUGUCUCCCACCGAAUCAAAACUGAAUCAAAGCAGCUUUGAACUCUCCCUCCAAAGGAACCAAAGGUCUUCCACAAACCUUCCAUAAGGAAGCUGUGGGGGAAACUUAUAGCUUGCAAACAGAAUAAAUAAAUCCCGGUGGAGUGAAAAAUCCACUAACAUAGGAGCACCCUUUCCUUCCCCGAUCCCAGUAAAAAGGAAUCGGAACCCACUUGCUAUCCUGUUGCCCCCGUCUGCUUUCGCUGCCGCCUGUGCUCUGGCCAGCAGCUCAGGGUUUCGCCACUGCCUGCUGCACUGUCCCGCCUUCCACAGCAUUUAUAAGUGCACCGGACACACCAGCACCAUCACAGAACUGUUCAAGAUGGUUGGGAAGUCCCCAUUUAAUUUCCCCUUCUUAUCUAGCACAUACUUUGCUGGAUAUAACUACCAUAGUAAAAGGCCACUACAGUUAGGGAAAUGGGUAUAAUGUAGGGGACCCUAAAAGUAACUCAUGAGAGUAGUUAGCAAGGACUGGGGAGGAUUCUGAUCAAGUUUCACUGGUCCUGAGUGCAAGGUGUGGUGGCACAGCCUUGAUCCCAGCACUCUGGAGGCAGAGGAGGAAGGUAGAUCUGAGUAUAGCCUGACCUACAGAUCGGGUUCCAGGACAGCCAGGGCUACACAAAGAAAUCCUGUAUCGAAGGAAAAAAUUCCACUGGUCCUGCAAUGAAUCCAUGGAUAUCAGUGUGGUCACACAGAGAGCGAGUCUGGGUGGGCCCAAGGGUUUCAGCUGCUUUUGUAUGUAUCCAAACAAAUGUAUAUUUUCUGAGAUGAUUUUGCAGAAGUUCUAUUUUAAAUAUUAACAAAUUCAUAUUCGUGUAAUAAAUAAAAAUAAAUGUUUCCUAUAUCUGCC